AUGAACUACAAAUCGUCUAUUAAAGCAAUCGACUGGACGAUAUGGUCCACUCCUCUCCAGCGCCUCUUGAUCGAAGCAUCUGACAAACCACCACCUUCUUACCGAACUGUGUCAUCUGCCUCCAGCAUCUCGGGUGACUCGUUGUCGUUGGCGCCGAUUGGAGUUCAGUCAUCUGGCUCUUCGACUCCAGAUUCUUCGAUCAUUGGCUCUGGCGAUGAACCAAUUCUGCUGACGAUCUUCUGGAGAGACUUUCAUGGCCGGCGAUAUGACGUUGCAGUUCGAGAGAGUCUAAAUAUCGAGCAGCUGUGUUAUACAGUCGGAAGGGCCAUGUCACUCAGCCACGGGUACCACGUUAUGCUUCUCUGGGGCGGCCUGGUCCUGCACCCCGAGGACUACGUCCACGAAGUGCAGUCUCAAUAUGGCUACAAGCUGAAGACCGGAAGCGAGAUCUCCGUCAUGUUGGACACCACAGAGAAAAUUGCCACUGAGGUCUGCAAUCUCGCCGCCGCGAAGCCUGCCAUCGAUCUUAUCUCGUCAAGCAAGCAUGGCUUCGUAUUCGCAGUGAAGCAAAAUAAUAACUUUUUUCUUGUGCGCGCUUACCCUCGUACACCGCUACUCGAAGUCGCUGAGGCUAUCCAAAAACGCAUCAAUCGUUAUGUGCAUACGUUCAGGAUGGUUUUCUAA